UAUUUCUCUUGCAAGCAUGGUGAAAUUAACAACAGAUAUCGUCGAAAGAAAAUGUUCUCAAAUAUUAACUAGUAAAUCACUCAGUAAAACAAUAAAAAAAGAUGAAUUGUGGAAGUUAACUCAUUUAUAUAUGAAUGACAUGUUUAUCAGCAGCAUUGGCAACAUCGCUACUUACAGAAGCUUAAAAGUCCUAUAUCUUCAGAAUAAUAACAUAUCAAAAAUAAAGAAUUUACAUUUUGCAUGUAGUUUGACACAUCUGUAUCUACAACAUAAUACCAUAACAAAAAUGGAAAAUUUGGAAUCUCUAGAGAAUCUCCAAAAGCUUUAUCUAGGACACAAUAAUAUUAUUGUAGUUGAAGGAUUAGAAAAUACAAAGAAAUUACAAGAAUUGCAUAUCGAGAGUCAGAAAAUACCACUCGGUGAAGCAUUAUGCUUUGAGCCACGCAGCGCUUUUAUUUUAUCUAUGUGUCUAAAAGUUCUUAAUAUUUCUGAUAACAAAAUGACAUCCUUGAGAAAUCUAAUAAGAUUUCAAGAAUUACACACGUUGAAUGCAAAAAAUAAUUUGAUCAAUAAUAUGGACGAUUUAACUGCGACAAUAAGUACAUUGAUUUCUUUAAAAGAUUUGUCUUUACAAGGUAAUCCUGUUACAACAUCUUACAGAUAUAAGGAAAAUCUGAUUGCAAACAGUGUUUUGCUAGCUAAUCUUGACGGAAAAAUUGUAACUGACAUUUGUCGAAAUUUUAUGAAAAAAUUUAAAAUGGAGAAACACAAUCAACGUACAAAAAAGGCAACUAAAAUCCCAUUAGGAGAUGAUAUAACAAGUUCUCUGAACUUGCCACCAGCAUUCAAAAGAUCUAUUUCGAGAGCAAUUUUUCAGCAGCCUGGACAGCCACAUUUGUCUAUAACAAUUGCCCCUGGAUCUCUCUCGGUAGAAAGCCAGCUACAUGUGUUCCCACCUUGGAAGUCAGCAUCUGGCAUCAGAAGUAUCAAGGAUAAUCAUAUAACACCGAGACCAUUUUGGAAUAAUGUAAUUAAAAAUAAGGAAGUCCGUUUAACGCGCUCUCAUGUCAAUAAUAAAGCAAUUGCAUUACCGCUUAUUUAAUUCUCUUUAACAAUCUCCAAACAAUUAUUAUUGUAUUUAAUCAUUGUUUUAAAUUGAAU